GGUUCAUAGCGCCCCUUAUAUAUAUUGAUACCUAAGACCGCAGUAGUAUUCAACCACAACACAUUUCAGAGAAACACAGUCACACAAACAAGUUUAUUCUCUUCAUCUUAAUACUUGUAAUAAUUUUUAUAAUGGAUAGACUAAGUGAGUUGGCAAAGUCAAAGGCAGCAGUGAUCUUCACAAAGAGCUCAUGUUGUAUGUGUCACAGUAUCAGUACACUAUUCUAUGACCUCGGUGCAAGUCCCGCGGUCUAUGAGCUAGACCAAGAGGCUAGAGGCCGAGAAAUGGAAUGGGCACUACAGCAGUUAGGCUGCAGCCCUACUGUUCCUGCAGUGUUUAUUGGUGGCAAGUUUGUGGGCUCUGCUAAGGAUGUGCUUGGAGCCCACCUUAAUGGAUCCCUUAGAGAUAUGCUUAUUGAAGCAAACGCUAUUUGGUUCUAGUUUAGUGAUGACACAUAUAGGGCACUAGACCAUCAUAUCAAAAGCUUAAUUUUUUGUGAGCAUUUUGAUGAUGAUGAUCACACCAAUGCUGUAACUUUGUGUUCUGUUUGUCAAUUAUCUAAGUAAAUUUGGAAGUGCGUAAGCCAUUACUUCCAUAUAUUAGCAAUAUAUAUCAUCUUUGAUCCAAAAACUUAUAACGAAAUGAACCGCAGGAGUGACAUUGAACAAGUAAUCCAGUACCAACUCAAAUUUUUAUUGUACACUAAACUAUACAGCUUAAAAUGCCACUCCAGACUAAAUCUUGGUUUUCAGCCUCCACUGUAACAGGAUGUUAUUAACUAUCAGCCCAUAACAGUCUAGUAUGUAACAAGUCAUAACAGUGUGUUAUUUUUAGACCAGGUUGAGUAUUUUAUCAAUGAUUAACUGUAUUUAUCUUGUAAAUUUAGAGAACAUAAAACAUACUACUACAAAAGAUAGCUUGCGUUCUUCUCAGCAUUGAAUUAACUAGAACAAAUAUCAGCUGUGUUUUCCGGUGAGAUUUAAGUCUGUAUAACAAGAAUUCUCUGAUGUCAGAGUUUAUUCGUAGAGCGUCAGAGCAGAGGGAGAUCUGUCCAAGUGAAUCAGAACCUAUAAAAUAAGGAUAAUCCCAGGAUUACCCCUUCGAUGUGUAAGUCAAAGAAUUGUACUACAGAGAGUCUAAAGAGAGAAAGGGUAUGAGUGUACUAAGCACCAGAUGAGUAAUAUCAUAUUAGUCUGCCUGCCACAAGUUUGGGCAGGAUCCGGAUUGGACCAAAACAUUUAGUACACGCAUGAAACAUGCAUGAAUUCGUAUGAAGAUCGUGUGUAUGGUACGAAAAAGAAGUAUAUUGCAUCAUAUGAUAGACAUUACAAGCCCAAUUCCCUUCCAAAGACGGUAUAGAUGAAUGUUCCAAGUGAAAAUGUGGAGUGAUUGUCCACUCAUCAAAGGUCCUUCUAAAGAAGAAACGGAAAACUUUUCUGAAGCCCAUAAAAAGAAAGGUUGCACCAUAUUUCUGAAGCUCAUGCUGAUAUAAAAAAAAAAAAAAAAAAAAAAAAAAAAAAAA